AUGUCGGUUUUAGUCGAAACAUCUCUUGGGUCCAUAACUAUUGACCUGUUUACUGAUGAAAGGCCCAGAUGUUGUCAAAAUUUUCUGAAACUGUGCAAAGUCAAAUACUACAAUUUUUGUUUGUUUCAUUCCGUCCAAAGUAAUCUGGUUGCACAAACUGGUGAUCCGACAGCGACCGGCAAGGGAGGUUCGUCAGUGUUUGCACUCAUUUAUGGUGAACAAGCAAGAUAUUUUGAAAUGGAAACAAAUCCAAGAAUUAAGCACAAGAAACAGGGAUUAAUUUCUAUGGUAAAUAAUGGUGAUGGUAUGCAUGGUUCCCAAUUUUUCAUUACCCUGGGUGAUAAUUUGGACUAUCUGGACAAUGUACAUACAGUAUUUGGAGAGGUUGCUGAGGGAUUUGAUGUCUUAAAGAAAUUAAAUGAGGCUUAUUGUGAUGCUGAACACAGACCAUACAGAGAUAUUAGAAUAUACCAUACCAUUAUUCUUGAUGAUCCUUACGAUGACCCUCCAGAUUUAGUAAUACCAUCAAGAUCUCCAGAACCUACAGAAGAAAUGUUAAAGAGUGAUAGGAUAGGUGCUGAUGAAGAAAUUGAUGACACUAAGGGUAAAACAGAAGAUGAAAUUCGAGAAAUGCUGGAACAGAAAGAAGCUCAAGCUAAUGCUCAGAUAUUAGAAAUGGUGGGAGAUUUACCAGCGGCUGAAGUUAAUCCAGAUGAUAAUGUUUUAUUUGUUUGUAAAUUAAAUCCAGUCACCACAGCUGAGGAUUUAGAAAUGAUUUUCUCUCGAUUUGGUAAAAUAAAUAGUUGUGAGGUUAUUAAAGACCAAAAGACAGGAGAAUCAUUACAGUAUGCCUUUAUUGAAUUUGAUGAGACCAAUUCAUGUGAAAACGCUUAUUUUAAAAUGGACAAUGUACUUAUUGAUGAUCGGAGAAUUCAUGUUGAUUUCAGUCAGUCUGUCUCUAAAUUGAGAAAAUCAGGAAAACUAGGUGAACUCAACAAAUCAAAGGAUGACUUUAGAUCUAAAUAUUCUGUCAAAGACCAGUCUCGAAAAAGUCAUGGAUAUGAUUUAGUGUUUGAUAAUGAUGAUAAUGAAGAGAGUAAGAAACAUAAACAUUCAAAAAAGUCUAAGAAACAUAAAACAAAAGACAGUGAUUCAGAUUCAGAAAGUGAGAGGAGAAAGCAUAAAAAGAAGUCAAAGCACAAGGAAAAAGAAAGGCGCCGUUCCAGAUCAGUGGACAGAGAUACCAAAUAUAAAAGGCAGCGUUCACUAUCUCCAAGACAGAGAUCUAACCAAUAUGAACGUAAUGAUAAAUAUAAAAGUGAACGUAGAAGAAGUCGAGACAGAAAU